GAAAGCUUUAACUUUGCUGUCGUUGGAAUUGGAAUUUCAGUUCAAGCAAAUGGUAUCUCACGGGUGGAGGUCGUUGCGUCAAAUCUCACAAAUCAUGAAUGAAUUCUAAUUUCUGUUGUAUAUUUUCUACAAAUUAGCAACAUUGUUGACACUAUAUUUACCACAACGUGCGUUGUACGAUGAAUGAAGUAAGUGGAGGAAAGCAAGACAUACCAAAUACUUCUUCUUGGGAAACUUUAUCUGGCCAGUCUGCAUCUUCGUUGUCUACUAUGCAUCAUCAUCAUCAGUCGUUACAACAAGAUGCAACUCCAACUGUUGCACAAGUUAUAGUUCCUACUCCUGUAAAACUUCAGACACCUAUCUUAAGCUCAGCACAAAAUAUAUCUGACCACUGUUCACAACUUGGUCAUAUGCAACAAUCAGGUCUAAUGACGCAGGGUACACCACCAGGAACUUUCCCAGAACCUGAACUUUCACCUGAACUUCAGCAACAAGGAUGGAAGAAGUUUUGGAGUAAAAGAGAAAAUCGUCCAUAUUUUUGGAAUAAAUUAACUGGAGAAUCAUUAUGGGUAAUACCACCAUUGAAACCUCAGUUUGACCCAAUUACGGAUCCACUUGGUAUAUGCGGUGUACCACCUGUUUCUGGAAAUGGAACGAUUCCCCCAGGAGGGACACUUAAACGCAGAGCUUCUGAAGAUAGUGUUGUUCCAGCUACAAAGAAAUUUGUAUUAGCAGGACCAUGGGAUUUGGAAAUUCCAACAAAUGUUAUAAUAUACGAGAGAGCUCCAUCAAAUUUACCUCAUGUUCAUCCUGAAGCAGAAGCAUUACGGUGUAGUUUACUUGCAAAGUUGAGACAAUGCUAUCAAGAAUUGUGUCAUACUCGUGAAUCCAUAGAUGCUCCAAAAGAUUCUUUUAACAGAUGGCUAAUGGAAAGAAAGGUUAUAGACUGUGGUUCAGAUCCCCUUUUACCAAGUCAGUGUUUCCCUGAAAUUUCUAUGUCUAUGUAUCGUGAAAUUAUGAAUGAUAUCCCUAUUAAAUUAGUCCGGCCAAAAUUCACUGGUGAUGCAAGAAAACAGCUAUCGCGAUACGCAGAGGCUGCAAAAAAGAUGAUAGAAUCAAGAGCAGCUUCGUCAGAAAGUAGGAAAGUUGUAAAAUGGAAUGCAGAAGACACAUUUCAAUGGUUGAGACGAACAGUUGGUGCUACAUUUGACGAUUUUCAAGAUCGUCUUGCACACUUAAAACGACAAUGUCAACCACACCUUACAGAGACUGUAAAAGCUAGUGUUGAGGGUAUUUGCCUGAAAAUUUAUCAUUUAUCAACAGAGUAUGCAAAAAAGGUUAAAGAUAAAAAUAAUCAAAUAUUAAAGGAUAAUGGUUUAGGAAAUGUUAUACCACUAGGAGGACCUGCAAGUGCACAAAGGAAAGUUUGGUGUUAUCCUGUGCAAUUUUCUCUUCCAACUCCUCGACUUCCACAAGUGGAUUACCUUCCUGAACGUGAACAGACAAUGUUACGUUUUCAUGGUGAUACUGCGUGUAUUAAUAACAUGCAUCUUACUAAAUUAGAACAUCUAUAUAGAUAUAAUUGCUUCGAUGAUAAAAAAUUCGAAAUGUUUUUACCUCGUGUUUGGUGUAUGUUGAAACGUUAUCAAACAUAUCUUGGAAUUAAUGAAGGACAAGCAACACAAAUGGCUCUGCCUGUCACAGUUUUUGAAUGUCUUCAACGAUCAUUCGGUGUAACAUUUGAAUGUUUUGCAUCCCCAUUAAAUUGUUACUUUAGACAAUAUUGUUCAGCAUUUGCUGAUACAGAUUCUUAUUUUGGAUCAAGAGGACCUUUCUUGGACUUUAGGCCUGUAAGCGGUUCGUUUCAAGCUAAUCCACCAUAUUGCGAAGAACUUAUGGAAGCUAUGGUUAAUCAUUUCGAACGUCUUUUGGCUGAUUCUACCGAACCUUUAUCUUUCGUGGUAUUCUUGCCUGAAUGGCGGGAUCCAGCACCUAAUGCUCUUAUUAAAUUGGAAAGUAGCCAUUUUAAGCGCAAACAAGUAGUGGUACCUGCAAUGGAACACGAAUAUAGACAUGGAUUUCAGCACAUAUUACCAAAAGGAGAAGUUAAUAUUAGAGCAGCGCACGGAACAUUAGUUGUAUGGUUACAAAAUGCAGCUGGUACUGCUCGUUGGGGUCCUACUGAAGAAAGAGUCGAAGCAUUAUUAGAAGCAUGGCGUCCAGGAAGAGAAAGAGAACGAGAUAGACAAGAACUUUUGUCACCACCAAGGCAAACACAUCAGCAAAUACCUUCUACGCCUAUCCCUGUUUUAACAACGCCCACAAAUCCAACAGUACCGUUACAAACAUUAUCCACGCAUCCUAUAUAAUUCUUAAACAAUAUUCGGAGAGUUUGAAAGAAAACUAAAAUAAGUCUAACAAUUUAAUUUUAAUUCUUUCUUAAAGAAAUCGGUCUUUUACAGAAUGUAUUUGGCAUGUAAUUUAACAAUUGCAUUUCAUGUAGCAGAAUUAACAUAAUAACAACACGAAACAUCGAUUUCUGCUAAUACUGUUAUGCCUAUUAUGGUAACAUUCAUGAUAUAGCGAAUAUAAUCGUAAAAUCGGAGAUGCAAUAUAAUUUACGUGUUCGAGUAUUUAAAUAAGCGAAUUACUUAAAAACUUAUUAAAAUAAAGGACAAAAACUCUUAAUUUUGGUUCACUGGGAUCUCGCUAUAUUGUGAAAGAUACUGUACUUCAAUAUUAUUCAUCAUAUGUGCUGUAAGAAAUUCAUUUCAUCUAAAGAAGGUAUACAAAUAGAUAUUUACAAUGUGUACAUAUGCGUACAGAAAAAUUAUUUGAUUAUUAUGAAUUGAAUGAAUAUUAUUAUGCUACCUAAAAUUUCAUAUAAAUUUUUUCUAUUAAAAAUUGCGAGAAUUUAUAACUUAAUUUUAAUAAUUCUUUUGUGAUGUUUAUCAUAGAGUGCAAUUUCUUUACUUAUUUCCAACAUGAAAUGUUAAAAAUAUGUGAGAUGUGACAAUGAAAAAUAUGUAUCUAUUAUAUAGGUAUAAAAAAUUAUCAUUCGACAAUUGAUACAAAAUCACGUUGCGUGGAGUCUAAUCUUUGUAAUAGUGUUAAUUGUUGGUAAUUAAUAAGAAGACUUUGUAAGACGUGAUACCCUAAUAGAGGUACUUGCCAUGCAAGUAAAAAUUGGUACUAUUAUGAAAAAGUUAUGAGAAAAUGCAAUAGUGUGUAUGCGUGUGUGCCCGUGUGUGUAAAUAAUGAAAUACAUAAUUAUAUUUGCUUGUUUUUCAUCGGAAAAA